AUGGGCAUCGCCCCCGCUUUCUGCCAGCUCGGGCUUGCUUGGGGGCUGCAGCCCCGCGGGCCUGCCGUUCUGCAGUUCCUGCAGAAAAAAGUUCGUCGCUUGUUUCCUCGCAGGUGUUCGAGAAAAAGGGCCUUCCAGAUUACCAAGUCCUUUCUGCCUAUCCUGGAGUGGCUGGCCAAAAAAGAGUGCCUGGUCGGCGAUGUCAUCUCGGGGGUCCGCACCGGCCUCGUCGCCACCUUGCAAGGUUUGGCAUAUGCUUUGCUGGUUGCAGUUCCUGUUGGAUAUGGUCUCUAUUCUGCCUUUUUUCCCAUCCUGACAUACUUUUUCCUGGGAACAUCAAGGCACAUCUCAGUUGGUCCAUUCCCUGUAGUCAGUUUGAUGGUGGGAUCUGUUGUAUUGAGCAUGGCCCCUGAUGAUAAUUUUCUCAUAGAUGGAAGUAAUGCUACAGGGACUAAUGGUACUGGGACACUGAUAGACACUGAAUCCAGAGAUGCACAGAGAGUGCUGAUUGCUAGUACCCUCACAUUUCUGGUUGGGAUUUUACAGGUAAUAUUUGGAGUCCUUCAGAUUGGUUUCAUUGUGAGGUACCUUGCAGAUCCACUAGUUGGGGGAUUCACAACUGCAGCUGCUUUUCAAGUGCUUGUGUCACAAUUGAAAAUAGUGCUAAAUAUUUCAACUAAAAACUAUAAUGGUGUCCUUUCCAUAAUAUAUACUCUAAUUGAAACAUUUGAAAAAAUUGGUACCACCAACAUUGCAGAUCUUAUUGCUGGACUCCUCACCAUUUUUGUCUGCAUGAUUGUUAAAGAAAUAAACGAUCGGUUCAAACACAAGAUACCUAUACCUAUACCAAUAGAAGUUAUUGUGACAAUAGUAGCCACUGGCAUUUCAUAUGCUGCUGACUUGGAAAAAAAAUACAAUGCAGGCAUUGUAAAGAGCAUUCCAAGAGGAUUUUUGCCUCCCGAACCUCCAGACGUCAGCUUGUUUUCCCAGAUGAUAGCAGCCUCCUUUUCCAUUGCUAUUGUUGCUUAUGCUAUUGCUGUAUCUGUGGGAAAAGUAUAUGCAACCAAGUAUGACUAUGCCAUUGAUGGAAACCAGGAAUUUAUUGCCUUUGGGUUCAGCAACAUGUUUUCAGGUGCCUUUUCUUGUUUUGUUGCAACUACUGCUCUUUCACGGACUGCAGUCCAAGAAAGUACUGGCGGAAAGACUCAGGUUGCUGGUAUAAUCUCAGCUGGGAUCGUUUUGAUUUCCAUCGUUGCCCUGGGGAAACUGCUAGAGCCCUUACAAAAGUCUGUGUUGGCAGCUGUAGUCAUAGCUAACCUGAAAGGGAUGUUCAUGCAAGUCUUUGAUGUUCCCCGUCUGUGGAGACAGAAUAAAGUGGAUGCUAUGAUCUGGGUUUUUACAUGUGUAGCAUCCAUCAUUCUGGGACUUGAUUUGGGAUUACUUGCUGGCCUUUUGUUUGGAUUGCUGACAGUUGUGCUGAGAGUUCAGUUUCCUUCAUGGGGUGGCUUUGGAAACAUUCCUGGCACAGACAUCUACAAGAAGGUCAAGGACUACAAAAAU